GAGCACCUGCCUCGGGGAAAGGCGGGGAGCAGCCCGCGGUUCCUGGGCCUGGGAGGGGGGUCACAGCCGUGACUGAAUUGUAACCCACCACUCCGGGGCUCCUCCGCCUCCAGGCCAUCCGCACAGAACAGGGAGGCAGCCCCACGGCUCCCACGUCUGCCUGCACAGUUUCUGCCUGGAUUCUCCGCUGUUGUGGUCUCCGAGGCUUCUCUACCGACUGAUGGGCAGAUCCUGAGUGAACCGAGCAACCGGGCCAAGGCCAGAGGAAGCCAGGCCGAGAAGGAGCUAGAUUCAGCUUGGAGAGGCUUCUUCUAUUCCAGCAAAAGGGUUUUAUUCAUCUGACUUUUUACCUUUUGUUCCUUUAAAAGCCUCUUUCACCUAUAGAAAGUAUAAGAAAAUUAUUAUGGUAAAAAUUCAGAUGCUGAACUUUCUAAACCUACAUCUGUAAGUUAUUGUAACAUUUCAGGUGUGCAGCGUUGCUCCUAAGACACUGGCAGGCUUAUUUGUGGGGGAAUAUAUCUGAGUUGUCCGAGUUUUGAGUUUGGUGCUAAGUGACCCAUUGUUGGUCCUUUCAGAAAAGGAUCUGUGCUUGUGUUUCCGUGUUUUUGAGGUAAGUCAAGGGAUGAUAUCAACCGUGAGUCACUCGAAGGAUUUCAUAUUCACAGAACACGGCCUAAGGGCUAUAUAAGUCGGGGCAUUUGGGGAACUUUGUGCUGAGAAGGAACCGGGUAAGCUGGGUUGAGCCAUUCACAAGCUUAGAAUGAAGUUUCUUCUGUUGGUGUUGACCGUGCUGGUCACUGCUUCGGGGACGGUUCCUCUGACCAAGUCUGCAGGCUCUAAAGAAGACGGUGGGCUGUUGGCUCAAGUCUCCGCUUCCGGAACGGCUCCACCGGCUAAUGCUUCCAGCUCUGAAAAUAACGUGGCAUAUGCUCAGUGGUACCUGGAAAACUUUUAUGGUCUCAUGACGGACAGACUUCCAACGACAAAAAUGAAAGUCAGCAGGGACUUCAUGGAGGAUAAAAUUCAGGAAAUGCAACAGUUCUUGGGACUGAAAGUGACCGGGAAACUGGACCCAUCUACCCUAGACAUGAUGCACACGCCCCGAUGUGGGGUGCCCGAUGUCCAUCAUUUCAGGACAAUGCCGGGGAGACCAGUGUGGAGGAAACGUUUAAUUACCUACAGAAUCAAUAAUUACACUCCUGACAUGCGGCCUGCAGAUGUCGACUUUGCCAUCCAGAAGGCUUUUCAAGUGUGGAGUGAUGUGACCCCCCUGAAAUUCAGAAAGAUUAAUUCAGGAAUGGCAGACAUUAUGAUACUUUUUGCAUCUGGAGCUCAUGGAGACUACAGCCCUUUUGAUGGCAGAGGUGGGACCAUAGCCCAUGCUUUCGGACCUGGACUGGGAAUUGGGGGAGACGCACAUUUUGAUGAGGCUGAAAUCUGGACUAAAAGCUACAAAGGCACAAACUUGUUCCUCGUUGCUGUUCAUGAGCUUGGCCAUUCCUUGGGUCUUAGCCAUUCCAAUGAUCGAAAAGCCAUCAUGUUCCCGACUUACAGUUACGUUGACCCCAACACCUUUCGCCUUGCUGCUGACGACAUACGUGGUAUUCAGUCUCUCUAUGGACGUCCAGAAAGGCGCCAACCCUCAUCAGAUCCUGACGGUAGACAAACACCCACCUGCAACCCCAGCUUGAGUUUUGAUGCUGUCACUACAAUGGGAAAUAAAAUCUUUUUCUUUAAAGACAGAUUCUUCUGGUGGAGGUACCCUGAGAGUCCAAUGAGCAACGUUAGUUUCAUUUCUUCUCUGUGGCCGACCUUACCAUCUGGCAUUCAAGCUGCUUAUGAAGUUGGACCCAAAAAUCAAGUUUUUCUUUUUAAAGAUGAUAAGUACUGGUUAAUUAGCAAUUUGAGAGCACAGCCACACUAUCCCAGGAACAUACAUUCUUUGGGCUUUCCUGACUUUGUGAAAAAAAUUGAUGCAGCUGUUUUUAACCCACUUCUCUAUAAGACCUACUUCUUUGUAGGUAACCAAUACUGGAGGUUCAAUGAGAGGAGGCGACUCAUGGACCCUGGUUAUCCCAAACUGAUUACCGACUACUUUCCAGGACUUGGACCCACAAUCGAUGCCGUCUACUAUUACAACAGACACUACUAUUUCUUCCAAGGAUCAAACAUAUUUGAAUAUGAUGUCGUAUCCCAACGUGUCACCAAAGUGCUGAAAGAAAAUAUCAAUUCAGGUUGUUAGGAAUGGUGUAGUUGGUGGUCGUCAGUUCCCUUCAGUCAAAUAAGUAUUUAUUGCAUCCUUGCUACGUGGCCAGUGUGUGUAAUACCACAGGGACAUGUGUCUUAAGGUAAAGCCUAUAGGCUAUAGAGAAACUAUCAUACAGACAGUGACUAUACAAACUACGUAAGAUUUUUUUAUUUUGAAAACCCUCAUUAUGGGGCGCCUGGGUGGUUCAGUGGGUUAAGCCUCUGCCUUCGGCUCAGGUCAUGAUCCCAGGAUCCUGGGAUCGAGCCCCACAUCGGGCUCUCUGCUCGGCGGGGAGCCUGCUUCCUCCCCCUCUCUCUCUGCCUGCCUCUCUGCCUCCUUGUGAUCUCUGUCUGUCAAAUAAAUAAAUAAAUAAUCUUUUUAAAAAAGCAAAAGAAAAGAAAACCCUCAUUGUCAACUUUUACUUGAUUCAACUAUUAAGCUUGGAAACAGGCACUUUAUUGAGGGGCAAUAGAAUAUCUUGGUCUUAGAACAACCGAGAACUGAGAAAUGAUCAUUAUUUCUUUGCCUUAACUAACAUAAAGCAAUGACUAGUUUCUGUGGCCAUUAAAUGCUUCAGCAAGUGUAUCGUUUCGAUUGUCUCAGGGUAGAAACAGAAUAUACCAGAAAAUGACAUUUACUGUAAGUACCAUAGAGGUGGAUUAUAUAAUUAUGGUGAUAAUGUUUUUUAUUUUGUCAUCAGUGUUGAUUUUUCUAAAUCUUAAAUGA